AUGGCGGCAUUGCAGGAGCCAUCUCCGGCCAUGGUUACGGAUAAUAAAACCUCUUACUGGCCAAGCGUGCUUCGGUAUAUGCAUAAUGGAGGACAUGAAGCUGGCCUUGCUCCGAUCACAGUAGAGUGUCCCAUCUGUCAUGAUGAACUGCCUGUGCGAGGCAUCGAGCCAAGUGAGGAGCUGGUCCGCCAAAGGGAAGGCGUGGUGAUAAGUUGCGGUCACAUCUUUUGCCGCCCAUGUUUGGCGGAAUGGUUCAAGUACCAGCGUACAUGCCCCGAGUGUCGAGAACGAGACAAUAUGGUGUGUCAGGAGUGCCAAACUCAAACGCACUGGGCCACCAUUCCCAGGGAUCACGACGACUUGCGGGAAGUCCCCGCGACAAUGCCAGAACUCCCAGGCGAAAAGCUGCCGCCCAUGUGCGUCCGCUGCGAGGCGCGCCGCUUUUGGAAAUUCAAUGUGGACCACGGACGGCACGGCCUGCCGUCUCGCGGUGAGAUAGAUUCGGAUUUCCAGAGGCUGAUGUGCCACAUGAUGGAGCACUCGGAGGACGAACACAUGGCGAUGGGAAUGGUCGAGAUGGAGGAGCAGCUGCUGGUGCUGUUCAAGGAGAACUUUAUGCGACUGUUGGAAGCGAGGGAGCGGUACAUCUCAGAGUACGCGCAGAAUCCCUGGAACGCGAAGAUUCAUGCAUGGAGAUGA